AUGACUAAACAAUCUUCAAAUGAGAAUCCAUUCUCAGAUAAUGCUAAUAAUACCAGCAGUAAUGACAAUGAUUUGAUAGACAUGGAUUUUGAUAGAGUCAAUCCAUACGGACAAUUUAAUCCUAAUCAGGUAUAUCCACAAGCUCAACCACUGGGUCACUAUCAACCACAUUCAAACUAUUAUUCUCGAAAUAAUGACCCAUUCGCGGAUCAAUUCAUUAUUUCAGAUGAUGAAGACAAUGAUGAACAUGACCAAUAUGAUGGCAACCAAUAUCACCGCAAUGAUACAACGUACACAUCUACUUCUUCUGGUCAUAGACAAGUGCCAUUACUAAAUACGUCCAAUACUCCACAACCAUCUAAGAAUGCUUAUUUCAAAAGAAAUAGAGAUUAUAUUGAUAUGAAUGAAUUGAAUGUUGAUCGUGAACAACCUAGAGACUUUGAUAUUAGACAUAUAUAUCAGAAAAUAAAAGGAAAAAUAAGUGGGAAACCAAUAAAUAUUGAUUCAAAAACUGCUACCACACCAAGGCAAAUAUAUGUAAUGGAUCAUGUUAAUAAUUCAGGUAAAGGUUAUUAUGGAAAUCACAUUUCAACUACAAAAUAUAAUUUUGCCACUUUUAUACCUAAAUUCUUAUUUGAACAAUUUAGUAAAUAUGCUAACUUGUUCUUUUUAUUCACUUCAAUUAUUCAACAAGUACCGCAUGUGUCCCCAACUAAUAGAUUUACUACGAUUGGUACAUUAACAAUCGUGUUGUUAGUCUCGGCUAUCAAAGAAAUAACUGAAGAUAUUAAAAGAUCUAAUGCAGAUAAAGAAUUAAAUAAUACCAAAGUUCUUGUGUUAGACCCAGCGAGUGGAGAGUUUAUACUGAAAAGAUGGAUUAAAGUACAAGUAGGUGAUGUUGUGAGAGUCAAUAAUGAAGAACCAUUCCCAGCAGAUUUAGUAUUGUUAAGUUCUUCUGAACCUGAAGGGUUAUGUUAUAUCGAAACUGCAAACUUGGAUGGAGAAACAAAUUUAAAAAUCAAACAAGCUAAAACAGAAACAGCAUAUUUAGUCAAUCCAAGAGAUUUGGUUCAUGAUUUGGCGCAAACUGAAAUUAUGUCUGAACAACCGAAUUCUUCAUUAUAUACAUAUGAAGGAAAUUUACAUAAUUUUAGAUCAGGUGGUGAUAUUCCUUUAAACCCGGAUCAAUUAUUGUUAAGAGGAGCCACCUUAAGAAAUACUCAAUGGAUUCAUGGGGUUGUUAUAUUUACUGGUCAUGAAACUAAAUUAAUGCGUAAUGCUACAGCAACGCCAAUUAAGCGUACUGAUGUGGAAAGAAUUAUUAACUUGCAGAUUAUCGCCCUUUUCUGUGUCUUAAUUACAUUAGCAUUGAUUUCUUCAAUUGGAAAUGUUAUUAAAUCUACUGCCGAUCGUGAUGAUUUGAGUUAUUUACAUUUACAAGGUACUUCAAUGGUGAGGUUAUUCUUCCAGGAUUUAUUAACCUUUUGGAUCUUGUAUUCGAAUUUAGUUCCUAUCUCCUUGUUCGUUACUGUUGAAUUAAUUAAAUAUUAUCAAGCAUUUAUGAUUGGUAGUGAUUUAGAUAUGUAUUAUGAAGAAUCGGACACUCCAACGGGGGUUAGAACUUCUUCGCUUGUGGAAGAAUUAGGUCAAAUUAAUUAUAUUUUCAGUGAUAAAACAGGAACCUUAACCAGAAAUGUAAUGGAAUUCAAAUCUUGUACAAUUGGUGGUAGAUGUUAUAUUGAAGAAAUUCCCGAAGAUGGUCAAGCACAAAUCAUCGAUGGAAUUGAAAUCGGGUUCCAUACUUUCGAGGAAUUAAGAAGUGAUUUAGCAAAUACCAGCUCUCAGCAAUCAGCAAUCAUAAAUGAAUUUUUAACUCUUUUGAGUACUUGUCAUACGGUUAUUCCAGAAGUUAACGAAACAACUGGUGCUAUCAAAUAUCAAGCAGCUUCUCCUGAUGAAGGGGCCCUUGUUGACGGUGCAGCUAUGUUAGGCUACAAAUUUACCAUCCGUAGACCUAAAGGGGUUACGAUUUCCAAUACUUUAACCCAAACUGAAUCAGAAUAUGAAUUAUUGAAUAUUUGCGAAUUUAAUUCUACAAGAAAGAGAAUGUCUGCCAUUUUUAGAUGCCCAGAUGGAAUUAUUCGUUUGUUUUGUAAAGGUGCUGAUACUGUGAUUUUGGAAAGACUUUCUCAAACUGAAGACCAACCAUUUGUAGAUGCCACAUUGAGACAUUUGGAAGAUUUUGCUGCUGAAGGGUUGCGUACUUUAUGUAUUGCCUCACGUAUUGUUUCUGAAGAAGAAUACAAAGCUUGGUCAGGAACUUACUAUGAAGCUUCAACUUCGUUGGAUGAACGUACUGAAAAAUUAGAUGCUGCCGCUGAAUUAAUUGAAACUGAUUUGUUUUUGCUUGGAGCAACUGCUAUUGAAGAUAAAUUACAAGAUGGUGUUCCAGAAACUAUUCAUACUUUACAAAAUGCCGGUAUAAAAAUUUGGGUUUUGACUGGUGAUAGACAAGAAACCGCAAUUAAUAUUGGUAUGUCCUGUAAAUUGUUAAGUGAAGAUAUGAAUUUAUUAAUCAUUAAUGAGGAAACUAAACAAAAUACCAGAUUGAAUUUAAUGGAAAAAUUAACUGCAAUUCAAGAACAUCAAUUCGAUAUUGAAGACGGAUCAUUAGAAUCAUCAUUGGCAUUGAUUAUUGAUGGACACUCCCUAGCGUAUGCAUUAGAACCCGACUUAGAAGAUUUAUUUAUCGAGUUAGGGUCUCGAUGUAAAGCAGUGAUUUGUUGUCGUGUUUCUCCAUUACAAAAAGCACUUGUCGUCAAAAUGGUCAAGAGAAAGAAGAAGAAUUCAUUGCUUUUAGCUAUUGGUGAUGGUGCCAAUGACGUUUCGAUGAUUCAGGCUGCCCAUGUUGGAGUCGGUAUCAGUGGUAUGGAAGGGAUGCAAGCAGCACGAAGUGCAGAUAUAUCCAUUGGUCAAUUUAAGUAUUUAAAGAAAUUGUUAUUGGUUCAUGGUUCUUGGUCAUAUCAACGUAUUUCAAAUGCUAUUCUUUAUUCAUUUUAUAAAAACAUGGCAUUAUACAUGACCCAGUUUUGGUUUGUUUUUGCUAAUGGAUUUUCCGGUCAAUCCAUUAUGGAAUCAUGGACAUUAACUUUCUAUAAUGUUUUCUUUACCGCUUUGCCUCCAUUUGUUUUAGGUGUUUUUGAUCAAUUUGUCAGUGCGAGAUUAUUAGAUCGUUAUCCUCAAUUGUAUCAAUUAGGUCAACAAAGGAAAUUUUUCAAUGUGCCUGUCUUCUGGGGAUGGAUUGCUAAUGGUUUCUAUCAUUCAGCUGUGGUUUUCUUGUGCUCGUUUUUCAUUUUUAGAUACGGAAAUACCUUGUCAAGUGGAUUAUUGACUGAUAAUUGGUCUUGGGGUACUACGGUGUAUACUACCUGUACAUUAGUGGCAUUGGGUAAAGCUGCCUUGAUCGUGACCUUAUGGACUAAAUUUACUUUAAUCGCAAUCCCUGGUUCAUUCCUUUUCUGGUUAGCUUGGUACCCAUUAUAUGCUUAUAUCGCUCCUAUGACUGGUGUCUCCAUGGAAUUCCGUGGGGUACUUAGAGCUACAUAUCCUUCGAUUGUAUUUUGGGCUAUGGUGUUUGGAGUAGCAGUAUUAUGUUUACUUCGUGAUUUUGCAUGGAAAUUCUUGAAGAGAGCAUAUAGUCCCGAAAGUUAUCAUUAUGUUCAAGAAAUCCAAAAGUAUAAUAUUCAAGAUUAUAGACCUAGAAUGGAAGAGUUUCAGAAGGCAAUUAGGAAAGUUAGACAAGUGCAAAGAAUUAAGAAACAAAGAGGGUUUGCCUUUUCUCAAGUUGAUGGCCAAGACCAAGAAAAGAUUGUUAGAUUGUAUGAUACUACUAAGAAGAGAGGUAUCUUUGGUGAAUUGACGGAAAGUACGUAG